UUCUUUGACAAUGAUUUAACGCGUUCUAAGCUGAACUACCAAACGUUGUUGAUCAUCCGUGGUCACUUUCCCCAGAAAUCGAAGUUGGCGUGGGGGAACUUUCGGUGAGAAAGCUAAAAUCCACUGGGCUUAGCCACAAAAAGAAAGAAAGAAAAGCAGAUAGAACAAAAGUCGGCCACCAAAUCCAAUUGUCUUUUGCUUUGAUUUAUUGUUUUGUUUUACACUACCCUGCCCCAAGCCCUUCAUGACAAACUGCGACCGUUAUUUUAUUGCCCAAAUGAUCGUUAAGCGCUGUUCUCAUUGUCUCAUUAAGUAUCUCAUUCUUCCUCUUAUAUCUCCACCCUCCUUGUUCCUCACCGAAUCAUUGACCUCUUGGAAGCCAUGGAAAAGAGCAGUUCUUCUGAUCAGAAAUUAGAUACGUUGGAGGUUGGAAAUGGCAGUGACUUUAAAGUUCAUAUUUUUUCAUCAUCAUCUGAGUUGCUUGAAAACCUGCACGAGAAGUGGAGUUCAGUGAAAAAUCAACCAUAUCCAGCAAUGUAUUCCAGUGUAUUUGGUGGAAUUAUUCUUGAUCCGGCCUUGAUGUUACUCCCAAUAGAUGAUCACAUGGUUCAUCGGGGGCAUGGUGUGUUUGACACAGCUAUUAUAUUAGAUGGAUACCUCUAUGAGCUGGAUGUUCACUUGGACCGUUUCCUCAGAUCAGCUUCAAAAGCAAAGAUCUCCUCUCCAUUUCCUCAAUCAGUCCUUCGAAGCAUUCUUGUGCAACUGAGUGCAGCAUCUCAAUGCAAGAAAGGAACUCUAAGAUAUUGGUUAAGUGCAGGUCCUGGGGAUUUCUUGCUUUCACCUGGAGGAUGCACAACGUCGGCAUUCUAUGCUGUAGUCAUAGAUGAUGACAUCUCUCAGCACAAAGAUGGAGUUAAAGUGAUAACAUCCACUGUACCCAUGAAGUCGCCCCAAUUUGCAACAAUGAAGAAUGUGAACUACCUUCCAAAUGUACUUUCAAAGAUGGAAGCUGAGGAGAAGGGAGCAUUUGCUUCUAUUUGGGUUGAUGAUGAAGGUUAUAUUGCUGAAGGUCCAAAUGUGAAUGUUGCUUUUAUAAACCAUGAUAAGGAGCUUCUCGUACCUUUGUUUGAUAAGAUCCUUAGUGGGUGCACUGUGAAGAGGCUUCUUGCACUAGUCCCCAAGUUGGUUGAGCAGGGUCGUCUAAAAGCUGUGAGAACUACAAAUAUAACAGUGGAGGAAGCCAAAGGUGCAGCUGAAAUGAUGUUUGUAGGAAGCACGCUGCCUAUAUUGCCCAUCAUCACUUGGGAUGAACAACCCAUUGGAGAGGGGAAGGUAGGAGAAUUGACUAUGGCUCUCUCGGAUCUGCUUUGGGAUGAUAUGGUAGCAGGCCCUGAGACGCAGAGGUUACCUGUUCCCUAUGUGUAGUCAAACCGAGUAUAAAGUUGACAGAGUGGUUUCAUCUUGCUUUUAGGUGCCUCAUUCCUGUUAUUCUUCUUGUUGCUUGUUUAAGCAAAGGCCUUCUCUGUCAUUGCCUUCUUUUUUUCCUUGAUGAGUAGGUGAAAAAGUUUUUAAUAAAACAUCCACGAUUUGGACACAUGGAAUUUAUUUAUAUAGCAGAUGCAUAUCCUGGUAGUCACUUGUAAAAAAAAAAAAAAAAAAAAGAAAAAAAAAAAGGUAUAUCCUGGUAGCCAGAAGAAGGAGAAACUGAACUGCUUGCUUUGCUGUAUUUGAAACUCUACGUUCCUGGCAGACCCUUUAUUCGUA